GUGCGACUAAGAAGAGAGCAAAAUCUCUGUCAUUGCCUGAUAUUCCUGAACUAACAGAGAAACAGCAGAAGGAAUCAGGCUGUUAUACGGACGCCGUCAAUAUACAAUAUGAGAGAGAUUUUAUUAACGAGCACACAAGGAAUAAGGCACACGCUCACGCACGUGUAGUGAAGGAGCGAAUGUACAGUAUGGCUCUAGAAAGGGACGAGGAAUCACAAGUGGAUGGUGCGUCUGUGCUCAUGAUGUUAGUUGAAGACAUUGUUCCCGAAUUGUUGUCUUGGAUUAACGCUUCAAUUAGAGUAGAGCGCCAAAACAACAACUCCGACAAUCUUCGACUUGUAGAUGUCGAAGACUGUAGGAGUUGA